ACGCAGAAAAUUCACAAAUGCGCUGCAUAUUGCAAAGAAAAUGAGAGGACUAACAUUUACAGUCCGGGGUCGAGCUACGUGUACAGCUACACGGCGGAGUCGGACACAUUCAUAAACGGAAUCGAAGGGAACAACGAAAUCAGCCGGCUCCGCAUCACGGCCGUAGCUACCAUACAUGUCGCGGCACCAUGCGAAUACAUUCUGCAGCUAUCAGAUGUGGUAUUUUCAAGUCCAGGCGGUUCCGUAGACCCAGAAUUGUCAGAAAGCGUAGGGGCAGCGCUCUCGGAGAACCCACUUGCCUUUUCGAUGCAUCGAGGCGCGGUGGAGGCUUUGUGUCCUACGGAGGGUGACGCAGAAUCGCCCUGGAUAGUCAACUUUAAAAGGGGCGUUCUGUCGGCCCUUCAGACAGGCAAAGGAGACAUGAGGCAGAGUCAUGUUGCACAUGAGCGUGAUGUAUCCGGAGACUGUUUCACUCGAUUUCACAUAACAGAAAUCCAUGGCGGAUUAUUAAUAGUACGUCGUUUCAAAGAUUUAACGCAAUGUUCUUCUAGAAAGAAGACGAUCUUCUCACUUCCGUCAAUCAAUUAUGCAAGUCCAAAUUCUAAGCCCGUCAUAUCGAGUCACCAUAACUGUACUCAAACCCUUGAUAAUCAGCGAGUGGUGAGUUCGUCUUGUCAAGAAAAACACAAACUGCGGCCGUUCAGUAACGGACAAGCGGGAGCCGUUACCACCGUACAGCAGACUUUAGUUUUACGGAAAGAACUGAAACUAAAACAGAUACCAGACAUACAUGCGCCAAUUGAAACAAGAACCACAAUGCUUUACGAGGAAACAAUAAGUAAACUGCCUAAAGUAUCUAAUGAGGAAAUUUUUAAUAUACUAGAAGAAAUGAAAGAGGCAACAAGUACAGGUGUUGAAGAUCGGGCUACCACCUUAUUUUCAAACUUAGUAACCGCGUUAAAAACACUUAAUAAAGCUGAUAUGAUUUCCGUGAUAGGCAAAUCUCAAAAUCCCGAAAGACAUAUGAUUUUAGACGCCAUGCAACUAAUCCAAACUGAUGAAAGUGUAGCGACAAUGAUGGAAUUAUUACGUAACGAAGUACUUAGUGAAGGUCAAUUUAAUUCUUGGCUAACAUUUUUAUCAUUCAGUAGUAAUCCAACUUUAUAUUCCUUAAAAAUGCUUACUCCCUUGCUUGAUCAUUCCAACAAAAAUGCUAUUCUAUCAAUAUCUUCAAUGAUAUACAGAUAUUGCCAAAUGAAUACAAAAUGUAUGAACGAAAAUGUUAUCAUAACUGCAUUGGAAAGUAUUGAGAAAUACUUGGGAGAUAGUUGCAGAGCAUCAACAUUUCAGUCACAGAAUGAUAUAAUAUUAGCAUUAAAAGGGCUGGGAAAUGCUGGACAUGCCGUUUCCACAAAAACUUUGACAAAUUGCUAUAAGACCAGCACUUUGCCAGUAGAAAUCAGAGUACAGGCUUUGGCUGCUUAUAGACGAUUUUCGUGCAAAUGGCAAGAAACCAAAAUUUUCCUCGAUACCCUUGCCAAUAAAACGGAACCAACUGAAGUAAGAAUUUCUUCCUAUCUGGCUGCAAUGAACUGUUUGUCCAACAAGGAUUUAUAUAAGAUACGUGGAGUACUUUUAGCUGAAAAGGCAAACCAAGUGGGUUCCUUUAUAUGGACUCAUUUGACUAAUAUUCAAGAAUCUUCGGCUCGUUGGAAAACAGACAUCAAAUACAUCUUAUCCAGUGAAAGUUUGCGUAAGAAAUUUGAUACAAAUUUUAGAAAGUAUUCUAGGAACUACGAAUUUUCAUCUUUUUCGAAAUUAUUAAAUGCUGGUGGAGCACUAGAGAGCAAUGUUAUUUUUUCACCUGAGUCGUAUAUACCUAGGUCUGCUAUGGUCAAUUUGACUCUUGAUAUAUUUGGUGAAACUAUGAAUGUAUUAGAAAUUGGUGGUAGAGCAGAAGGGCUGGAAGAUACUUUUGAAAAACUUUUUAGCCCUGAUGGCUAUUAUCCGGAUGAAACACUAUCGAAAAUAUUCAAUGUUAUCAAAGCAGAUGGCAACACCAAUGAAAUAGAAGCUUUCAUACCUAAAAGUGAAUAUAAAAAAAUAAGAGUACCGAAAGGCGCAAUAUAUGCAAAAAUAUUUGGCAACGAACUAAAUUAUUUCAAUUUCAAUAAUUUGCAAGAUAUGUCUAACACAGAAGAUUUAUUUCAAGACAUGAUAUAUAAACUGUUCCGAGGAAGGGAUAUAGAUUUUGUUAAAUCAUUUAGUGUACUUGACGCAUCCUAUAGUAUUCCUACGAUAAUUGGAUUCCCAUUGAGGCUUUCGUUGAAUGCAACCGGUACCGUAGGUUUGAAAAUCGGUGGCAAAGUUGAUGUGGAAAAUUUUAGAGAUUUUAAAAUGAAUGUAGUCGGUCAUAUUGUUCCAAGUGCUGCUAUUCGCAUUGUUGGCACUAUGGUGAUGGAUGCUUCUGUUACAAAAUCUGGUUUAAAAAUGGAUGUAUCUAUGAACUCAAACUCGUAUAUCGAUGGUUCAAUACGUCUAGAUGAGGGAAAACUAGUUGAUAUUAAACUGAAAGUUCCUAAAGAAAAAAUGAAUUUAGUGAAAAUUACUUCAGAAAUAUACUUAAUAAGUCCAUCCGGAAAUGAACCUAUUAAAGGUCAUUCUCAGAGAGAAACAUUUUAUAGCUGUGGAUCUGAAACGGCAGCUGUUAUUACUGGAAUGCAAUUAUGUAAUGAUAUUUCUUAUCCAAAUGCUUCUUCUUCUUUGAUUGCACCAUAUUUUCCGCUUACUGGAUCUGCUCGUUAUAUAUUGGAUUUAAAAAAAGUUGACAACUUUGAUUCUUAUGAAUUCAAAUACCAUAAAGAAUCAAAAAUAAUUUCUAGUGAACCAGUUCAUAUGUUUAAUUUAUAUAUAAACACUCCAAACUCUAAUGUAAAGAGAAAUAUAGAUAUCGGAUACAAAAUCUUCCCAAAAGCCAUGAAUGCGAGCGCUAAAAUCCAUACACCAUUCAAAAGGUACAAUUUUGUGGGAAAAUUAACCAAUACGGUGGCUUACAAGGCGCUUGAAAGUGAAAUUUCUGAAGAUGACAAAAGAAUAUUAGGCGUUAAAGGAAGUUUUACGAAAGAUAAAGUUUCAUUUUUAGGAGAUCUCAAUAGAGAUAAGGAUAAGUGGUCGUGGAAUGGUAACCUUGCAAGUUCUGAAUUAUCGGGUGAUAUGAAAGGUUCUUUGAGUUAUACUUCAUCAAUAUACUGUGUAAAUAAUUCUAUGACGUACAUUUUUAAAAAUCAACAAUUGCACAGCGUAUCGCUUUAUUUGAAAUAUGAAAAUAUAUUAACGGGUAUGCUUAAAAAGUUGGGAAUAUCAUUUUCAUUACAAUCAACCGAAUUUCCACAGUCUCAUAUUGAAUUUUCAUGGGGAUUUCAGAAAACUCGUGGAUAUAUUGAGCACAACGCGGUUGCGGGACUUGGAGAUGUGAUAUGGAAAACUCAUCAACUGUACCGAUUGAAAAUAUUAGAUGGAUACUACGACUUUGAAGCGAAAUGUGCUUUCAAUUGUUUGAGCAAGGAUAUCGAUUAUUUAGUUAGUGCGAAAUACCUAACAAAUUUUAAAGGAAUUAUAGCGCACAGCAUUGCCCGUUUGAAUGAUGAGCAUCGAGCAUAUGCCAAGGUAAAUAUAUUGAAAGAUCCUUUAACAAAUGAUUUAGGAGUAUUUCUGCAAUUCUUGAUACCUAAGAGAAAGUGGACUUUGGACGGUCAUUUGACACAUAAAGGAAACGAAUAUGGUGUAUUAUUUACCGGUUCAGCAAUUCGGAGUUUUGCCGUAGAAGAAGAGAUCAAUUUCAAGGCUGUUGGUUCGUAUACAGACCUCAGCGAUAUCUCAAAACUAGAACAUUCAAUCACAUUGCAUAUUACUCAAAGCGGGGGAAACAUCGAGCGAAUAGAACCUUGGACGUUGAAAGGAAAACUAUUAGUAUCAAAUAAACAUUUUGAAUGUAGCGCCAGCGCAGAUUAUAAAAAAAUAAAUAUGCUGCUAGAUAAUAAAGUAAAAAUAAUGGGUUAUUGGAAUGAGAAUCAAUGGAUUUCGUUUGUAACAUCUCAUGAAGAGAAACAAGACAACUCUUAA